CCUUGUCUUUCUCAACCCCCGUAGCCCUCGACGGCGAAGAAGCAAGGGAGUAGCGAGGGGAGUUGGCUGGAGAAGCCACCAAAGGGACUGGAGGCGUGUGAAGGAGGAUAGGAGUUUACGAGUCGCUGCGUAUUUUGGUUAAAACAGGCGAAUGCCCGGAUUUAGUAAACUUGGGAUUAAAGGCUUGAAUGGGCCAACUAGGUUUCUGAACUGGGGUUGGUAGCAUUUUAUCUGUCUGGAUAUAUCAGCACUUUGAAACUUUGGAAAAAGUAUUUUGAUAUAUGAGCAAGAAGAAGAAAUCUCGUAGGCCUUUCGUGGCCACCAAGGAUGCUCAAGAACAAGGAGUGACUCUGAGCAGAGGGAUUUUAGAUACUUAUGAAGGGCAACGCCUUGAUGGUCUUCUAGACAAAAUUUGGAGGAGCAUUGAAUCUGCAAAGCCUUUAAAAAGAGAGUUGCCUGAUAAAAUAUGGAUCAAGCAACAAUUUGCAAUUGGAGUCAAUGAUGUUACCCGAUUACUUGAGAGGAUGCCUCAAAUUGAAACAACAGGAGCUGUUCGUGAUAUUUCAUGUAGUUUUGACAAUGUUAUGCGAAAAGCUACUUUGGUGUCACUUCAGCAGGUUGUGCUUGUAGCCGCUGAUUGCAACCCCAAAUGGCUGACGAAGCAUAUACCGGCGUUGGCAUCCUCAAGAAAGGUACCUGUUAUUCUUGUGAGGGAUGGGAAAGGAGGUUCCUUAAGAUUAGGCGGGCUUUUAAACGUAAAAACUGCUUUGGCCAUCGGAGUGAAGGCUAAAGGGAGCUGUAUCAAUGCUGCCUUUGAGGAAAUUAUAUGCAAAUCUUGAGAAAGGGAUUUUAAUUAUGCCCCUUUUCAGGCUAACCCGAGAUUGAGCAAAUCACCUGCCAUGGAUUCCUUAUAUUUAGGAACAAACAAAGCAUACAAAGUCAACAUAGAUGCUGCUCUACAUAAUUCCUAUAAGGCUGGCAUAGGAGGAGUAUUUAGAGAUCAUCAUGGAAGGUUACUAUUGGCUUUCGGCAAUUCACUCAUUCAUUGGGAUUCAGCUGCAUUAGAACUCCAGGCCAUCAUUUCUUUAAAGCAUAUGAUCAAAGAAUGGAUGUUGGAAUACAAAGGUUUGAUUAUUGAAGGUGAUAACAAGAACGUAAUCAAACUCAUCAAGGAAGAGGUGGAGGCAUGGAAUAAAAGUUCUUCAGAUCUUUCUUUUAUAAAAGAUUUUUAUUUUGUUAUCUUUAAUUGUGUUGAUAGGGAGAGAAAUAAGUAAGCAGAUAUUUGUGCUAACUAUGCUCGUUUUAAUUCUUUUUCUUUGGGAUGAUGAAACUUGGAGCAAUAUCCCUCCUUCCUUUAUCAAAUUGUUAGAGGAGUCGGAUAUUAGUAAGUUGUAAUUCAGUUUUAGUUUCUUUUAUUAAGCUUUUUGCUUUCUUCAAAAAAAAAA